AACAAAAUUUUAGAAAUAUUUAGGUAUUUCUAUUUUAAUAAACUUACUAUAAAAAGAUUGGAGAACCCCUCAAGAAAUCUAGCAUUAUCUAUUCCAAACAAUUCCAAAUUGAUAAGUUAAAGGAUUUUUAGCAAGUUUUCAAAUAUGGAUACUUCUGAAUUAUGCGAUGAUGGAGCAACUGUUCCAGAAAAACCAUGCUGCCCAUCGAACCAAAAGCCUGAAUUAUAUGGAAAGCAAAAUAAUAAUGGAUCGACAUGUAAUACCGAUAUCUGUAAGGUUUUUGGUGGCCACGAUACAAAACCAUUUCCCGAUUACCCAUGUUUAAAAACAGAUUUAAAAUCAAAAAAUCUCAAUAAAAAUUCUCUUGGCUCUACUUUGGGCAUGGUGGCCUCAAAUAUCAAUUUGAAAAGUGGAUGCCAAAUUUCCAAUAUUGCACAGGCUCGUUUUGCCACCUAUCUUAAAGCAUUUGCCUAUCUGUAUCUACAGCCGGAGACAAUGUGGACUUCAAUUUUGCUAGACGCCAUAAUACAGGAAGGUUUAGCUUUGUAUUCUCAGUCUGAAAAAGAUGAAAACCAGCUGGACUCACCAGCUAAUAUAUACAGCGAAAGUGAAAAGAAAAUCCGUAGAGAAUUUGAAAUGUCUGGCUUUAACUUCCAUGUGGAACUUAUGGAAAAUUUUCAUAAUGAAAAUAACCCUGGCGAUGAAUUCGGUGGUCAUGGUGAUGGCUCUAAAACUGAAGAAUUAUGCUUAGCUGCUUUGGAACCAGCCUUAAGAAAUUUUCUUCGACAGCACCAGCAUUGCUUGCUGACGUUUGGAUCCUCUAUUUAUGCCAUGGUAUGGCGUACGUGUGGCUCUUUUUUCAUUUUGGAUUUGUGUGGACGAAAUUUGGAUUUUCAUGCCGAUCGUGACAAUGGCGUGGCCAUGCUUGUCUGCCUCAAGACCUUGGAGAAUGUGCGUCAUUUGCUUAUCGGCUUGGGUAAAUUAACAAAUGUAGAUUUUUGCACUUUGCGUGAAAUAAAGUUGGUUAAGGUGAUUAUGCCCUCGGGAGAUGUCAAGCAGCGAGACUUUGGCCGCCGUGUUCAUGAAUACAAAAUAGUCAAUGAUGACAAUGCCUAUCUGAGGGCCUCCUUACAUUUAACCCUUAACAAAUUGGAUUUAUUAAGAAAUCGUAGUGCUUUAGCUGCUGGAGUGGUGACCAUGGCGUGUUCCAAAAUUGAACAUCCGGCCACUUGGAAUAUGAAAAUGUUGGAUAAGUUGCUAUGCUUUGCAGUGCAUUUUAGCCAGACCUGUUGGUUUAAAUGUUUGCAAAACGAGGGCAUGGACAUACUAGAAUUCCCCAGAGUCUUUAUUUUAGGACAAUUUUCUAUAGAAAUUGAACUUAAGCCCUGUAGCUAUGAGGGCAUAUGGCGUUGUGUACCCGGCCAUAAGGGCAGUGAAAUGGCGCUGGCCUUGGAAAAGGCUUUCAAGGAAAACCAUAAAAGGCUGCUUAUACAAAUAAACCAGCAGAUGUAUGCCUUAUGGAAGAAACAAAAUUUCCUGUAUCUACUCGAUCCAUAUCGGCAUAGAAUUCUGGGCAUGCCCGGGAAUACGGAGAUCUACGAGGAAAUGGAGAAAAGUGCCAGUCUGCGCAUGUUUCGCACUUUCGAAGACCUUAUGAAGACUUUCAAUAACAUUUUACUUGAUUCAAAUCGUACCAGUGCUUUCAUCAUACAUGCCCUGCACAUCAAAAGAAUCCAUUUAAGAGAUCAAAAGGAAGUAGAGGAUUGGCUUCCUGGAAAAAUUAAAACGUUAAAUGCUCGCAUUUGCUUUGAAGAAACCGAUAAUUUCUGUCUGAAAGCCUUGGCUGAAAUUAGUGACUAUGAAGAUGAAGAUCUACUCUCUGAGGUCGAAGAAUUAGAGUUGAAGACAUCCUCUAGUGAAGCUGAGGAUGACUUGGAAGAAGAGGAGGCAGCAGCUGCUGGUGGGGAAGAAGAAGAAAUGGAAGGUUUAGAGACUUCAUCAAGUGAUGAAGAUAAUGCCAUAAUGAAGACUGGCAAGGAAAAAAGCAAAGUUGCAAUGGGAAAGGCUAAGAGAGACAAACAUGACAACAAAAAAACUAGAGGUAAAGGUUCUAAGAAGCCGGAUAACACUUCGGAUGCCAAUAAGCGCCACAAAGCUUGCGAAAACGCCGAAGAUGAGCUUGAUGACAAUCUAACUGCCAAAAAAUCCAAAGGCUCGAAGCAAAAAUCCAAUAGCAAGGAAACCCAUAACAAAGGAAGAGGUGUAAAGAAUUUAAACGAUAUUGAGAAAGAGAACGAGGAGGGGAACAUAAAAGUAGAACAGCAGCCUGAGAAGAAAUCAAACAAAAAAGUUGAUAUGACAAAUUUGCCUAACGAUAAGAACAAGCCUUCCAACCAGCAAAACAAAGUUGAAGAGGCCAAAGAUAAAGAGGUCCGCAAGGAUAAUGACAAGGAAAAGGAAACAAAGGAUAAGAAUAAGGAAGGAGAGAAAGAAAAAUUUCCUGUAAUCCAUGAAUAUUCAAAACCAACAACAACAGGCAUACAAAACAAAGUCACUGGAGAUAGCCCAACCCCACCUCUGGCUCAUCAGAACAAAGUCACGACAGACCAGCAAAUCAAAGCCAAUUUUAUAGAUCCAAGGAAAAUUGUCCACCUUCAUAGCGAAGGAGACGAAAAGCUGCAGCUUUCUAAUGAAGAAUGCUACCACAAAGAUGGCACCGAAGCUGAUGAUGAGGAAGAUGAUUUCUUUAAAAUUGUUAAACAUUUUUGCACUGCUCCCAAUCCUCGUCGUUAUCCUGGUUUUUAUAAAUACCCUCUUGAUAUGGCUGUGGUGGGCUCGGAAAAUGGUAGCUACCAUAGUUUGUGCAAACUUUUACAAGCAGGAUUUCGUCGAGCCGAUCGUAUACUAGCCAUGACACCUUGGGGUAACUUUGUCGUCUUCCGAGAUUGCCUAAACAGAGAAAUGAAGAAUAACAAAAGUAAACGUCAGUACUAUCUCUUUGAUGGCUGCACAUGCAAUGUCAAUCGUUUUCGUCAUUUAGAUUUGAGCAUAGGAACAGCGGGACUUGUAUGUCUUGAAAGUUUGCAUGAUGUAAUUGAGUACAUGAGAGGAAUACAAAAACAAAGAGGAAGGGAAGAAGUGCGACACCAACAGCUAACAAUGACGGCAGAUGCGAUAUGUCAGCAAUAUUGCCAGUAAAAAGGCAUAACUACGCCACAAUUAGAGUUUUACAUUUUCCUAACCAUUUGUUGUGACUGUAAAUCUGUUCAAAAUUCUUAUAUAUCUACUAGAUACAUAAAUAAAAUAAUGUUUUUCAAUAUUUCCUUA